AUGCCCCCGAAUGGUCUUCUUGAAAAUGGGUCAGAAUGUGUAAAGUCUUUCAAUAUACUAGAUUACCCACAAAUUGUCAAUACCAACCAACGUUUAUUUCUAAACGACACUAUUUCAAGCAAAUUAUUAGGUAAUAUUGUUCAUCCACUAGUUUUUAAUGGCUUACUUAGUUUGACUUGUUGUUACUUUGAGUGCAAUGCAUAUAAGUCGUUUUCUUUUGUGCAUAAUUACCAGAUUCGAUUGAUAUUCCAUGAACUACAUUUGCGAUUUUAUUUGAUAUCUAUUAGAAGUUUAAAAGAUGUCGUUGAUAAAAUUGAUAGAAGGGACAAACAAAGCAUUAAUGAUACCGAUGAUUUGUAUAUUGGAUUAAUAGGGUCGAUCUUACUAAACUACAUUUCUUUGUACGAUGAUAGUCAUACUUCCUUUGCAUUUUCAAAUGGUAUAAUUCAAUUGUCAAUACAAGUUAUUGAGUCGGCUCGAAAACAGCAUAAAGACAAUUUUAGAGAAGAGUAUAUUGAACGUUUAAUCUUGGCAAGCAAAUCAAGUUUCUUUCCCAGUUAUUCUUCCCUUCUGUGUUUAGUGGAAUUCAAAGAAAUGCUAGAUAAGUUCAGACGUUACCUAGUACUGAAAAAUGUUUUGAAUAACAGUAUACUAUCUAGCAUUCAUUCAUUGAACCAAUUUGUUAGUAAAUUGAUGGGGAUUUAUAAUACCAACAAUAAUAUCAAUAAUAAUCCCAAACUAUUGAAACAUUUGUUGCGGGAGUGGUUACUUAUUCUACCAACAAGUCUAUACUUAUUCAAUAACAAACUUAGUGAUAAUACUAACCAUAAUCUCAUCAAUGCUACUCCUGCUACUACAAACUCGUUGGCCACUUUUGCUGUAAACUACGACAAUAGUAAUACCCUUCAAUAUGAAAUAAUUGUUACCAUGUAUUAUGAAGCAUUAAGUAAAUUGCUAGAUAAUUUUUUCCCCAAAACAUUGUUUUAUAACUUGUAUUCAUUUGGAUCGUGUUUUACCCGAUCAAUUGAAUUUGCAGAAUUGGAUUCACAAAAAAUACGUUUGAUUAAUUUACAAAUUUUCAGUAAAUAUUGUUUAAAAGUUUGUAAAUUUUUCAAAAUGAGAUUUCAAUUAUUGAACAAUUUACUAACUAAUAAUUUUGAAAAUUUAGAUCAAUUUAGUUGUUCAGUGAAUGAGGUCCCCAUCAACAGAUUCAAUAAUCAUGUGUUGAAACCAAUAAAUUUCUUGCAUUUCCCGGAAUCAGUACAGUUGUCAAUUGAUGAUUUACAAAAUAUAAACAGGUUUAUUCAAGACAUAACUAAUAAUGACACUAAUUAUAGCCAAUGGUUGUAUAAUUACAAUCAUCAUCAUUUGGCACAUUUCAGAACUUCGUUUUAUAAUGAUGCACAAAUAAACUUCCACGGAAUUAAUAUGGGGUAUUUGAAUCAUGAUCAACAUCAGAAGCGACAAAAGAGUUGUUUUGGAUAUGUGAAUACUUUGUUUAAACAGUAUUCUCAACUCAUUAAUAAGCAUUUGCAAGACUCGUAUUCUGAUCUAUUCAGCAGAGAUAACAGACAACAACAACAACAACAGCAACUGCUACUACGACUAUCGCUGUCACUGCUGCAAAUUUUGCAGCAACAGUCGAUUGAAUUAUUAAGCGACUAUGAACCAGUUUAUACAAGACUAAUAGAAGAGAAUGGAUUAAUAGAAAAUAAUUUGAGUAAUGACGAGAAGCUAACUUGGAUUAUGAAUUUUGAAGAAUUGAGAAAGCAAGAACCGUAUAUGAAUACCGAACAAGAUAGUUAA